AUGUUCUCCAAUCCACAAGUAUUGUGUAAAUGGUUGGCCUACCUACAGACCUCACCAGCCGCGUGGGAGGCACAGAGCCACCUAGCAGUUGUUGGUGAUCUCUUGUUAUAUGACGAUCGAAUUGUUAUUCCGAGAGCCAUGAGGUUGGAUAUCCUUGACCGCAUCCACACUGGUCACCUAGGGUAGCUAAGUGUAGAGCAAGAGCACGUGACUCAGUCUGGUGGCCGGGACUGUCAACUGCUAUUCAAGAGAUGGUUUCUAAGUGUUAUACUUGUACAAAGGUGAGACCAGACCAGAAGGAACCACUCAUGUCGAGUUCUUUCCCAUCGCGCCCAUGGGAACGGCUCGGUAUGGAUCUCUUCGACCUUCAAGGGAAAAUCUAUCUUCUUGUUGUUGACUACUAAUCUCGUUGGUUGGAGAUUAAAGGACUUCACAGUCAGACGUCCGAUUACGUUAUCAAUAUCCUCAAGGAACUAUUUGCCACUCAUGGAAUUCUAGAGAUCGUUAUUUCGGGCAUUGGUCCUCAGUAGGCAUCCAAAGCCUUCAGGAAGUUUGCGAAAACGUAUGGCUUCAUUCAUACCACAAGCUCAGCUAGGUAUCCUCAAGCGAAUGGAGAUUUUGAGGAAGAACCAAGACCUUUAUCUUGCCCUUCUAUCGUAUCACUCGACACCCCUACAGAAUGGUUUGUCGCCAAGUCAGCUCCUUAUGGGCCGCCGACUAAAGACACAGCUACCCGUUCUCCCAGCUAUACUCAAACCAAAGGACCUUACUUCCGAGUUGGAGAGCGUGGUAUCCAAGGAAAAGUCCUACCGGAGAGCACAAGAAAUGAAUUUCAACCGUAGGCAUAGAGCAAGAGAACUGCCCACCUUUGAGUCUGGAGAUGCAGUAUGGGUCAAGGAUCAAAGUAAGCCAGGUGAGAUCCUUUCUUCCGCCCAGUAUCCCAGAUCCUACCUUGUGAAGACUGACAAGGGAAUUCUUAGGCGUAAUCGAUCUGCCUUAGUUUCCUUUACCAAAGGGAGCCAAAAAACGAAACCUAUCCGUCCAGAACAAAUUGUUAAUGCCCUCGCAACCCAGCAACAUUUCUUACAACCUGUACCACUACCAAUGCCACCCAUAGUACCACCUGUUGCGCCGACAUCUAGGGCUCAAUCCACUUCUGGGGUUCAAUCCACUCAGUAUACCACUACCCGUUCUGGUAGAGUUGUCCAACCUCCCCAGCGAUUGGACUUAUGA